AUCUCUAGUGGAUACCAUUAAGGACCUGUAACGGUUAUAAUCGUUAGCUGAUGGUUUGUAAUUGUAUUUGUAGUGGAAACCAUUAGCAUUUCUAUGAUGGUUUCUAUUGUUUUUUUUUUUCUUCUUUCUUUCCAGCAGAGCUGUGAGUGAGCGGUUACUAUAGAAACGCUAACUUUUCCCAAUUAAUAUCUGAAUCACAAUCCAGGCUGCUGUUAGAAAAUUACGCUGAAAAAUACUUGUCCUUGUUGUUGACGCUGAGCGAACGAGGGAACACCUUUUCUACCUAUACCGUGUGUCUUUAUCGUUUGUCUUUAAAAAAAAAAAAAAAAAAAAAGAUUUAACGUACGUAAUUGGACCUUAAGACGUACUUUAAAUGUACUUUGAAGCUUUAAAGCGAAUUCGAGGGACAGCUCGUACACCGGCGCUGGUAAAAUAAGCGAUACGUAUGAAUGAUACGCAACAUGUCCCUCUUGACGGUACCUCCUCAGAGACGACGACGCGGACGGUUUAAUCCCUUUAAUUCUGGUUCUAUGUUCAAUUUAAUGUCAUUUUCCCCAACAAGAACACGACAUUCUCAGGUAUGCAUCGAUGGUGUUUUCCCUCAGAGACAGUGCGGUGUUGCUAAUACACACGGGUUAUUUAUUUAUUUACUUACUUAUUAUUAUUAUUAUAUUUUAAAUGACGGAUCUCUGCCAUGUUGAACCACUUCCGUUAUCGUUAUGUUCUCAUUUUUUUCCGUUAUUUUUUUUUUCUUCCAAAUUUAAAUAUCCUGCGCGAGUCCUUCGCUCGUGCGUCGGAUUUAAACCGCCACUGCGUUCCAAACCGUUACAAUUCCAAAAUACGUCAGCAUCAACGCACACAAACACACACACACACACACACACACACAGUCUCUCUCUCUCUCUCUCUCUCUGCCGCUCUCUCUCUCGCGCGCGCGCUUUUCCCGUGAUGUCACGAGCACCGACGACGACAACGACUCUCCCACCGUUUUUAGGACCCUGCGGAAUCUCUUCCGGUCUGACGUCCUCUGCGGCGGCGCGUGAGAGCCCCAGUGAGCGAGCCACCGGGGCCGGAGUGAGAGAGAGAGAGAGAGCGCGGUAGCGAAGGGAAGACGGGACGGGGCAGCGCGCGAGCGACUACCGGAGGGGGGCUCAGGCCUGGGGCCGGCGAAACGGGGAGAAGGAGGAUCUGAAGGACGGAAGGUGGAUCGGCAACGUCGCCCCCAGAAUAACUUUCUUUCUCAUCCGCGUUCAUUUCUAAAUGCAUCGCAAGUAGUCCGCAAGCGUUUGGUUUUCGAUGAUGCCGUCCAACGCCGCCGCUCCGACCCCCGAAUUCAAAACGUCAGACGUGGACUGCGACGCAGCGGCGAAGAAAACGAGUUCAGAGCAGGAACAGGAAGUGUGUGAGAUCAUGCAGGAAGAGGCUUUGGUGGACGCUCCGGCUCGCAGAGUGGGUCGACCUGCUCGCAAACGCAAAACCCCCACGGACCACCAGGGGUACUAUGGAGUAGAGGCCAUCAGCAGAAUGCUUAGAAUGAGCCAGGUGGACAGCUGUGAGUCUCUGAAAGAGGGCGUGGCCGGUGUGAAGGAGGCGGAGUGUAACGGUGAGAACGAGAACGGGGUUUCCCCAGGUGCUCUGCAGGGGCACGACUCUUCGUCUGACUCCUCGCACCAGAACGGCUCGGACAAGGCCGAUCAGGAGGAAAGCUCCGCCCCCUCCACGCCACGGAAGAAACGUGGGCGACGGAAACUCGAGCACCCUGAGAAACAUGUGGAGGAGGACGGCAGCAGCAGUGAUACCAGUAGAGGAGAGGGCGACAGUGGACGUGUGCGGACUCGUGAGGGCAGAGACAUCAGCCUCCGGCGCAGACCUGUACCUCGAGUCACCUUCCAGGCAGGAGACCCUUUUCACAUGAGCAAGAGAGAGAGAGAAGAGCUGAUCGCCCACUGGAAAAAAGAGGAGGAAGAGAAGAAGGCUCAUCGGACGCCGCUCAUGAACGACACCAUGGCUGACCAAUCGGAAGAUGACGCUCAGAGAAACGAAGAGCAGCCGGCGGUCAGCAGUGUCCCAACCACUCCUGGGACUCCGCCCCCCCAGCAGCAGCACACGGACCCUGCUUCGCCGACGGUCGCCACGACGCCAGAGCCCGCCUCUGUCCCCGUUGCCUGCGGUAACAAAGAGCUGCGCAAGUCGGCGGAGGCGGAGCAAGAGUACGACGAUGGGCGUGGCUUCGGGAUCGGCGAGCUGAUCUGGGGGAAGCUGCGCGGGUUCUCCUGGUGGCCCGGACGCAUCGUGUCCUGGUGGAUGACGGGACGCAGUCGAGCCGCAGAGGGAACCCGAUGGGUCAUGUGGUUCGGAGACGGGAAAUUCUCGGUGGUGUGCGUGGAGAAACUGUUGCCUUUGAGUUCAUUUUCUACUGCCUUUCAUCAGCCUACCUACAGCAAACAGCCCAUGUACAGGAAAGCUAUCUACGAGGUGCUACAAACGGCCAGUACACGGGCGGGGAAGCCGUUCCCAGUGUGCAUGUCGACUGAUGACUCUGAAACGGGGAAGAAUGUGGAGCAUCAGACCAGAGAGAUGAUCGAGUGGGCGAGUGGAGGAUUUAUGCCUACUGGGGCCAAGGGCCUGGAGCCACCACCUGCCGAGCGGAAUCCCUACACUGAGGUGUACCCUGAAAUGUGGGUGGAGCCAGAAGCUGCAGCGUACACAGCUCCUGCCAAGAAGCCCAGGAAGAACAGUUUGGAGAAACCUAAAAUUAAAGAGAUUAUAGAUGAAGGGACCAGAGAGAGGCUGGUGUACGAGGUCCGUCAAAAGUGCAGGAAUAUCGAAGAUAUGUGUAUAUCCUGUGGAAGUCUGAACGUGUCACUCGAACAUCCGCUCUUCAUCGGAGCAAUGUGCCAGAGCUGCAAGAACUGCUUCCUGGAGUGCGCGUAUCAGUACGACGAUGACGGCUACCAGUCCUACUGCACCAUCUGCUGUGGGGGCAGAGAGGUGCUUAUGUGUGGGAACAACAACUGCUGCAGGUGCUUCUGCGUGGAGUGUGUAGAUCUCCUGGUUGGUACCGGUUCAGCACAGGCUGCUAUAAAGGAGGACCCAUGGAACUGCUACAUGUGUAGCAGUAAGGGUGUGUUUGGAAUGCUCCGGCGCAGAGAAGAUUGGACAUCGCGCCUCCAGCUGUUUUUCGCCAACAACCACGACCAGGACUUCGAACCUCCUAAGAUCUACACGCCUGUAGCAGCAGAGAAAAGGCAGCCGAUCAGAGUCCUCUCUCUGUUCGAUGGCAUUGCUACAGGUCUGUUGGUGCUAAGGGACCUGGGCAUACAGGUAGAGCGCUACGUGGCGUCCGAGGUGUGUGAGGACUCCAUUACAGUGGGGAUGGUGAGGCACCAGGGCCGGAUCAUGUACGUGGGUGACGUCCGCAACGUCACGCAAAAACACAUUCAAGAGUGGGGUCCAUUUGAUCUGGUGAUAGGUGGGAGCCCCUGCAAUGAUCUCUCCAUCGUCAACCCAGCCAGGAAAGGACUCUUUGAGGGCACCGGGCGACUGUUUUUCGAGUUUUACCGCCUGCUACACGACGCCCGUCCGAAAGAAGGAGACGAGCGGCCGUUCUUCUGGCUCUUCGAGAACGUCGUGGCCAUGGGAGUUAGCGACAAGAGAGACAUCUCACGCUUCCUCGAGUGCAACCCAGUGAUGAUCGAUGCCAAGGAGGUGUCUGCUGCCCACCGCGCCCGCUACUUCUGGGGCAACCUGCCUGGCAUGAACAGACCGUUAAGCGCCAUGCAGAACGAUAGGCUCGACCUGCAGGACUGUCUGGAACAUGGACGCACAGCCAAGUUCGAUAAGCUGAGAACCAUCACCACUCGCUCCAACUCCAUCAAGCAGGGCAAAGACCAGCACUUCCCCGUCUACAUGAAUAACAAGGAGGACAUCCUCUGGUGCACGGAGAUGGAAAGGUAUGCAUGGAUAGAAAGGGUGUUUGGAUUUCCUGUCCACUACACGGACGUGUCCAACAUGAGUCGUCUGGCCAGGCAAAGACUCCUGGGAAGGUCGUGGAGCGUCCCGGUGAUUCGGCACCUGUUCGCGCCGCUGAAGGAAUACUUCGCCUGUUACUGAAUCCCCGCCCACCCGAAGUCACGCCGUGCCAUCCCACGACUCGCUCCGCCCUUCAUUUGCAUAGCAAACCAAGCUCCAACCUUCUUACAUUUGUUUUGGUAGUUGCCUGACGACUUACUGGUGCUAUUCAUCGAGAAACAUACAAACAAACACGGUUCGUCCGACUACACGUCUCACUUUUACAUGUCGGCUAUUUAUUGAAGACUUCAUUACAUUUGGUUUUUUUUUUUUUGGGGGGGGGGAGGGGGGGUAUUUUUAUUUUACAGACUUUUUAAAUAUCAUUUACAAUGUCAGAACGAUCGACAUUUCAUCUGUGAUCGCAGCUUCUCUGAUGAAAGAGAGACAUGCUUGCAUGAGCGUGUGGAUGUGAGAGUGUGUGUUUGUGUCUGUAAUUGCGUGUGUGUGAGAGAGAGAGAGAGAGGAUGGUCGUCUCUUUGAGCACAAAGCAGAUUUGAGGGUCAUGGCAUUUUCGAAACCUAAACACACACACACACACACACACACACACACACACACACAUUAUUCUGGUGUAAUUUACAUCUUUUAGUCAAAUGGUGCAAACACACACACACACACACACGAUACACUGUUUACAGUAAUGUCAUGGUACUACACAACUACACAACUCCUGUAUAGCUCAAAUGCUGAUACAACUAUGGUGCUCUCUCUCUCUCUCUCUCUCUCUCUCUCUCCCACCCCCGCCCCCCCUUCCUCUACAUGUCCUCCCCAAAUCCAGUCUCUUUCAGAUCUCCCUCUUUUCACCCCCCCCCCCCUUUCCAUUUUGUUCUCCCUCAAUCCAUCACUUCUUGGUCUUCUGUCCUUCCCAUCUAUUUCACCUCCUUUCUCUUCUGUCCAUUUCUCCUUUCCUCGUUCUACCGUGUCUUGCUGUCUUCCUUUCUUUCCCUCUUUCUUCCUCGUUUGCUUUAUGCAUUUCUCUCUCUCGCUCUCUGUCAGCAAUACAGAUGCACAGCCACACUUGAGGCCUUACUGCUGGGGCACAUAGUGACUGACACACACAUACACACACACACACACACACACACACACACGUCUCAGAGAGCUGCUGCGCUUCCAGCCCAGGCCUGCAGGGGGCAGCGGCAAAAGUACAAACAGACCUAUCCUUCCACAAAGCACUGUGGUGAUGCUAGCGACCACCAGCGGAACUCAUUUCUACUGUAAACCACAAGGUCUCGUCCGACUCCGCCAUUUUUACUGUACUGGUGUUGUCGUGUGAGUGCGGGUGGUUGUGUGUGUGUGUGUGUGUGUGUGUGUGUGGAGAAACAUUCUCCAACUCGUCAUCAUGCUUUGCUUUUUGUCCAACUGAGGAAACUAUCAGAAACCUCUCCGGGGUGCUUUUUCUUCUCUUCCUUUUUCUGUCCUCAGGCCAGCAUUAAGCCUGUAUGCUAAUCGCCGUUUUCAUUUGAAUUAGGCACGUUUCCACCAACGGUUCCUGACCCUUUUAGGAAUUAAAGGUUUGUGGAACUAAUCCAAACCAGGAGUAAGCGGUUCCUGGUCAUAUUUCUGGUUUAAAACACGACUAAAAAUCUGCCCUGGUUCCUCUCGUAGAAAACGUACCUAAAGUUUCUCAGUUCCUAAAAUGUUCUUGGGUUCCUGUGGUGGAAACGCACCAAAAAGUUUCCUUGGUUCCUGAAAAAGUUUCUGUAGUGCAAAAAAAAUGCAGCUAUAGUUCCUAAGUUCCUCAAAGGUUCCAAAGUGGAAAUGUUUCUAAAUGAAAAAAAUGGUUUUUUUUUUUGGUUUUUUUUUGGUUUUUUUUUUUGGUUUUUUUUUAAAGUUCCUACCAUAGAAAGGCAUUGAAACUUCCUGGGUUCUUGAAAAGGUUCCUGAGAUGGAAAAGGCGCCCAAGGUUCAGUUCCUAAAUAGUGUCCAGAGUUCUUGAAAGGCGGGGGAAAAAAAACACACCUAAAGUUCCUGAGUCCCUGAAGAGAUUCCUAGGUUCCUGAAAAGGUUCCGGUGAUGGAACGUUGAUCUCAAAUUCUGGACAUCUCGAUCCAGUGGCUCAAUGGUCCUUUCUGUCCUCCCAGGGGAUUCUGGGAUAGUGGCCUCUGCUGUGUGAUGUUGUAAUAUCUGGUCACAUGGUGCUCCCAGAAUUCCUUUCAUUUUGGUGGGCGUGGCCUCUCAUGGUGUGUAGGUGCUUAAGAAAUGUGCACACGCCUUCCAGUUAUGGAUUUAAAUAAUUAUCUGGAUUACUGUAUCCUCUCCGUGCCGUCGUCGGAUCGUUCGGAUAUACAGAGCGACACCCUGGUGCUUACGAGAAGCUUCCUCGGGAAGGCGGGGCGACCUGGCGGGCGUGGCCUCUCGUGGUGUGUUGGUGCUCAACAGCAGUGUGCACUCACCUGCCAAUUAUCAGUGUGGUAAUCGGAUUUUGGUUUACUGUAUUCGCUCCGUGCUGUCGUACACAUCGUUCAGAUCAGAGGUUCACGGGACAUUCUGGUGCUUUCUGGCGCUUUCUUGGGAUCUUUUUUGGUUUUGUUUUGUCCCCACCGGCUUCCCAGAUUUUCAAGGGUGUCUUUGUGAAGUAUAAAUGAGAGAUGCUAAUCUCUGGCCUGCUUGAAAGGCAGACUGUAAAGAACUUUCUAGGCCACUUUCCAGACACAGAUUAUCCACAGUCCUGGAAUAAAAGCCCUUCAGCCGUGCUGGUCCUCGCUUCCCCCAACGUCCCAAGCCAAAAUCCAUAAACAUCCAUCCUCUACCACACUAACGGUGUGAUGCUUAUCCGAGUCUCCUCUGCUGUGGUGCUGUUUGACUGUGAAUGAACACGCAGCCUUCAGCAGCUAAUCUCGCUAACGUUCAGAACCACUACUGACUGUUCACGGUGACAAUAAGACACUUUGCUAGGUUCGAUGGCAAUUUCCGUCGCUAACAAAAAGGGCUUAGACCUUCCUUUAUUUAUUUAUUCUUUUUCUAAAAGAUGCCGUUUGACUGACAACCGAUCACAGAUUCUUUCUGGAAAGAUGAUAACCGCUUCAACAGAAGAUGCGACGCUGUGAACCGUUUUCACUCCAGUAACUAUACGACGUGCCCAAAAGCUCAGAAAGCGUUGUGCGGAAGUGCGUAUACAUCCGAGUGCACAUAAUCAGAACGCGGGAUUCUGAAGCUCGUGGCCAGAUAAGUGUACAACACGUAUCGAGACGUCGCGUGAGUCAGACGCCGUGACUACUUUACGGUGCUAGAGUUAACUUGUAUGACCGAUAAGCUAAUGUUAGCUUCAGGUCUUGAGGUAGCUAACAAACAAAACUGAGGGCUUUCAGACAUUUUUUGGAACUCUUAGCACAACUUUGGACGUAUGUGAACACACCCCCAACCCCUUUCCUUUCAUUUUUCUGAUCCUGGCGCACCGUUCCCUUCCACUUCCUGUUUCCUUAACCAGCGAGGACCAGCAACGUCCAGGACUGAUCAUAAUGCGUGUUCCGGAAAGUGGCCCUCAUCUGAGAAUGAACAUCCAGACAGCUAAAGUCCAGAAGCUAAGCUAAGCCUGGCAUUCGGAAGACGCGUUAGCCGCUCAACACGUCUAAUAAAUAAAAAUAGAAGAAAAAAAAAAAAAAA